AUGCUUCCUGAUCACCUUCAAUGCCUUUCUGUCAGUGAUCGCGUCUCGUUCAUGGAAUUCGGUUUCGGUGACACUGUUGUUCCUCCUUUCCAAUGCGUUCAUCACGCUUUUGUAUCCCAUGCUGCUUCUAGCCCGGUCAACAUUGCUGUUGAGGAUUUCGCAGAAAACAUCACUUAUGCGGAGCUCGAUCAAAAAUCUACUUGCCUCUCAGUCCGGUUGCGAUCUCUUGGAGUUGGACGCCAUUCUCGCGUCUGUCUACUCGUGGAGCGCUCCAUACCAAUGGUCAUCGGCAUUCUAGGUGUCAUAAAAGCUGGUGCCGCAUAUGUACCUUUGGACGGAAAUGUUGUGUCAGACUCUACACUUCACCACGUAUUGCACGAUUCAAGUGCCACCGCUAUUCUCGCAUUCCGUAAAUUUGCGAGUCGUUUGGAGAGCAGUGCCGUUCCAGCCAUUUAUCUAGAUGACUUCAAAUGCGAAUGCCUCGUUACCUCAGAGUGUAAAAAUCACUUCAACGAUUUAUCUGUAGCCGAAGACAGCGUCUACUCGUCUCGUCUCUUAGGAACCACUGGCGUACCCAAGGGUGUCGACGUUAAACACGGGAACGUGACCAACUUGGUUUGCCUUGCUCCAGGUAACUUAUCAAUGGCCCCAGGAGUACGAGUGUCGCAAUUAAUGAACAUCGGAUUCGAUAUGGCUGCGUGGGAAAUACUCGGAAGUCUCUGCAAUGGCGCCACACUUUGUCUACGUGGAAAGACUUCAAAGGAAUGGAGAGCAGUGAUGAAAACAGUCGACGUCGUUAUUGCAACCCCUUCCAUGCUCAGCCCUCACCAGCCAUCUGCCUAUCCUAACAUAAAAGUCGUUGCUGUGGCAGGUGAAGCAUGUCCGCAAGGACUGGCUGACGAAUGGGCUAAAACUGUACGGUUCUACAACUGCUGUGGACCGACAGAAAUUACAAUUGUAAAUACAAUGCAACUGCAUUGUUCCGGAGAAGCUUUAAGUAUAGGACAGCCGACUCCGAAUAACAAUGUCUACGUGCUUGGCGAUGACCUGCAGCCUUUGCCGAUUGGCCAAACAGGACUCAUGUGGGCUGGAGGAAAAGGAAUAAGCAGAGGGUACCUGAACCUUCCACAGAAGACAGAUGAAAGAUACCUCUUUGAUCUCUUCGUGAAUGAUGGCUCUCUAAUGUUCAAUACUGGUGAUUUAGGUCGAUGGCGACCGGAUGGGACACUAGAGCAUCUUGGAAGGAUAGAUGAUCAGGUCAAAGUUAAGGGUUUCCGAGUUGAGCUUGACGGUGUAGCUGCGGCGCUAGAGAGCUCUCCAGGCGUCAAAAUUGCAGCCGCUCUUCUGAUAGACGACAUUCUUUGGGGGUUUGUAGCCCCGAAUGAAGUCGAUUCCGAGACUGUGUUAUCGGACGCAGCGAAGAUACAGCCGUAUUAUGCUGUUCCCACUCGUCUUACUGUGAUGAAAGAAUUUCCCAAGACUUCUAAUAUGAAAACCGACAAAAGAGCUCUUCGUCAACUCGCCCUUGAUGAGAUUGCGAAAGAGAAAACUAGUGCAAAAAUUUCAGAGAAAGCCGAAGCCGGUCCUGCACCAGUCGAAAAGUGGCUUGACAUACCCUCGCUCCCACCUCCCGCGUACAUUCGAAACGCCGGGGUAUCCCCAACCAGCACCAGCAGCUCCGGCUCCUCAAUCAAAGAGAAGCCUCUUGCUUUAGAGGGCCCACACGAACCUUUGGUUCCCAACAAAACUCAAGGGCAUCUGCUUCGAAAUAUCCGCCACCAAAUAUUCUCUCUUUAUCGCCGUCUUUUUGGAAUUGUAUUCGUUGUCAACAUGGUGAUCUUCAUCAUUACUUGCGUCCGAGGAGCCAGUGUUGUCAAGCUUGGUGAAAUAGUCGUUGCCAAUCUGCUCUGUGCUGUUUUGAUGAGGCAAGACUAUGUUAUCAAUGCCUUUUUCACCGUAUGCUGUUCUGUCCCGACUUCUUGGCCCCUUGCCAUAAGGAGACGAGUCGCAGAAGUAUACCACAUCGGCGGUUUCCAUAGCUCAUGUGCAAUCUCGGGAGUUAUCUGGCUCCUAUUAUUUACUGGAAAAGCUACUCAAAGUCUGCUAAACGGAGGACUCGUGUCUCCAGCAACGCUAGCUGUGACAUAUUGGAUAUUAACAUUGCUCGUCGGAAUUGUGAUAUUCGCAUAUCCCACCUUUCGAUCCAGGCGACAUAACACCUUUGAACGUCUCCAUCGCUUUCUAGGCUGGACAGCUACGGCGUUGGUCUGGUGUCAGGUCGUCCUCCUCACUAAUGAUUUCAAAGAACCGGAACAGUCCUUAGGGUUGGCUCUAUCUCGGUCUCCAGCAUUUUGGCUACUCUCUGUUCUGACUGGAUCCAUUAUACUUCCGUGGCUGAGGCUUCGAAGAGUGCCAGUACGAAGCGUAGUUCUUUCUGAUCAUGCUGUCAGGUUGUACUUUGAUUAUGUUACUACAAAACCGGGACAUUUCACCCGUAUCAGUGACAAUCCCUUGAUGGAAUGGCAUGGUUUCGCUACGAUCAACGAACCUGGUAAAUCUGGCUACUCCCUGGUGGUAUCAAAGGCAGGAGAUUGGACGGCGAAACAAAUCCACAAUCCUCCCACCCACUUAUGGGUUCGCGGCGUUCCGGCUUAUGGAGUAUUGAGGAUUGCGUCGCUAUUCCGACGCAUUGUACUUGUUGCGACAGGAAGUGGUAUCGGGCCUUGCGCGCCAGUCAUUCUCGCGAAAAAAGUUCCCUUGUGUUUGUUAUGGACUUCACCAGACGUCCGGAAAACUUUUGGAGAUCAUCUCGUCGAUUCUAUCCUCGAAGCUGCUCCUAAGGCAGUCCUCCAUGACACUCGCAGAGACGGGAAGCCGGACAUGAUCCAGUUGACUUACCGGUUGUACAAGGAGUUCAACGCCGAAGCAGUAUGUGUGAUUUCAAAUCAAAAACUAACGCGGAAAAUCGUGUAUGGGAUGAAAAGUAGGGGAAUUCCAGCCUUUGGUGCUAUAUGGGACUCUUAA